GUGCCUGUCAUAUUCAUGAUUUCCGUGUUCACUCGACAUCUCAAGUUCAAGUUGGCGUCAGUUGCAGAACUGAGCAAAUUUUGAAAAUUAAAAGCAGGUGCAGAUGAGCCAGUUAUGCAAGCGCAUUGAAGCACGACAGCAGAUAAUUAAAGUAUAUAAACAUCGGGCAAGGUGAACAAUUGGAGUAACUCAACUACAUCCAUUCAUUCACUUACACCCGAACAACAACCCAUAGCAGUUUCAGUCACACCAGGGUCCCUUCUUUUCCCACCCCAACUACAUCACUUACACAACUGAAACAUCUUCAACAACUACCAGCAUCUAGACGCAAAACAACAUACAUCACCAAAAAAAGCAAAAAUGGCCGACCCUUUCGAGGUGCGCAUGCGCUUCACAAACCAGCUCCGCCAACUAAGUGCCUCCGUGACAUCCUCGCAAAAGGCAGCACAGUAUGCUCUCCGACACAAGGAUCUAGCUGAAGAUUUGCACUCUUGCAUUCUGGAGCAACUUGAAAGGAGCAAUCUCAACAUGCGAGCCAACAUCAUGUACUUCAUCGAGCACUUUCUCGACAUGGCCUACAAAGACGGACAAGAGGAUUACAUCCGCAUGAUGCAGCGGGACAUUAUUCGUGUGGUCGAUGCCGUGGCGCCAGAUGACGGGUCAGGGGCGGCUAACGUCAAGGUUGUCCGCAAGGUCCUCCAAGCCCUCCACGCCAAAUCCUUUCUCGACGCCACCAUCCUAACCGACAUCUUUGAAGUCCUCCGCGAACGCGGCGAAUCCUACGUUUCCUCCCAAGGGGACCUCGUCCUCUCCCCUUCUGCCAACAACAACAACAACCUUUCAGCAGCAGCAUCGGGAUACGAUACCAACAUGCCCCCCUCGCAAACCGCCAUCCACUCUUCCUCCUACCCUCCUCCUUUUCCUCCAUCUUCUUCCACAGCAGCAGCAGGUACCCUCCCCACCAGCACCAACGCCACCAAUGCCGCCGGCGGACCUUCCUCUAGCAACCAACAGCAUAGCAAUUUGAGCAAACGCGGCGGAGGCGUCAACACUGCCGCCCCUCGUCUCGACAAGAAACAAGUUGAGCAACGUAUCGAGGAGGAUCGUGAGCGGCAUAAGAGGCUGAGGGAGAACAUCUGGGCGGUGCCGAGCGGAGACGAGCUGGAUAGAUUGCUGGAGGAGACGUCAGAGUUGGGGGAUGACGACAUGAGGGCGAUAUGGGAAGAGCAGGAGGAGUGGGAGAGGAGUUUGCAGGCGGGGAUUGGAGGGAUUGGAGGGAGUGGUGGUGCGGGGUGUGGGCAUACUACCUCUACCAGUAACGGGGGUGAGAGGGAUGAUGGUAUGAAUGGGAAUAACAUGAAGGAAAAGCCAAUGUCGAUUAGUGGGGAGAUUGCCGAGAUGGCGAGGAGGAAGCAGCUGCAGCAGCUGGAAAAGGAGCAACAGGAGAAGCAAGAUAAAGAUGUGGAGAUGACUUCGGGUUAGGAAACCGACGGAGGAGAAGAGAACCUGGGAAUUCAAGACCAGUAGGAAUGACACGGGUGGUGGAUACAAGAGGCGCGCUGGUAGGAGUGCGAUAGAAAGAAGAAAAUUGAAGGAGGCAAGGAGAAGGAGGUUGAGAAUAAGAAACAAGGAAGUUACCGAUACAUGGGGUAUGCAUGGGAUGGCGUUUAUGUUUUUGGCUGUUUAGUUAUCUUCGGUAUCCAUAAGCGAAAGUGGGGAGAUACUAUUAACUCAGAAGCGGCAUCUGCUCACGGUAAUAUCGUCGACAGACUCUCAUGUUUUCGCUGACAACCCGUUCUUCUAUCC